AUGGCUCUACUUCAGCUCAUUUCCACUCACCAACCAUGCUUAAACCUCAACUCCGCCGCCGUUACCGCUUCCCUGUGCCCUAAUUCCAAUUUCCCUUCCAAUUCGCCGCCGUUCCUCCACUUCUGCAACAACCAGCGGCGCCGGGGGAGGGCGAAUUCGUUGAGAUGCUCUUCCUCCUCGUCCUCCUCCGAGAAGAGUCACACGAGCCAGCCGAGACCCGACGACGUCGUCGAGCUGCCGCUCUUCCCUCUCCCACUGGUUCUGUUCCCCGGUGCGAUUCUGCCUCUCCAGAUCUUCGAGUUCCGCUACCGCAUCAUGAUGCACACGCUGCUCGAGUCCGACCUCCGAUUCGGCGUCAUCUACUCCGACCCCGCCACCGGCACGGCGGAGGUCGGCUGCGUCGGCGAGAUCGUGAAGCACGAGCGCCUCGCCGACGACCGGUUCUUCCUUAUCUGCAAAGGCCAGGAGAGAUUCCGCGUCGCCAAGGUGGUCCGCACGAAGCCGUACCUGGUCGCCGGCGUGCGGUGGCUGGAGGACCGCCCCUCCGGCGAGGAGGACGUUGAGGCUCUGGCCUCGGAGGUAGAGGCGUACAUGAAGGACGUGAUUCGGCUGUCCAAUCGGCUCAACGGGAAGCCGGAGAAGAAGGAGGCGCAGGACUUGCGGCGGAAUUUGUUCCCGACCCCGUUCUCGUUCUUCGUCGGGAGCACGUUUGAAGGGGCGCCGAGGGAGCAGCAGGCGCUGCUGGAGUUGGAAGACACGGCGGCGAGGUUGAAGCGGGAGAAGGAGACUUUGAGGAAUACCCUAAAUUACUUGACCGCCGCUUCUGCAGUAAAAGAUGUGUUUCCUUCGGCCUGA